AAUGACCCCUCAACAAUAUAUCUAGAAGGGCUAGCUCCCCCUCUCUUUCCCUCUCUCUCUCUCUCUCUCGCCCCAGCUGCUGCCUGCUAUGCCCCAGCAGCUAUUGGAGCUCGGCCAUCCAGAAGUGCCAGAGCGCUAGCUUUGGUAGCUGUUCGUCGAUAAGAGCCCCCCUCCCGCUUCGCACACGCCACAUAUAGCAAUCUUUGCUGCUGCCUCCCGAUCCGCUGUACUUCCGGCAUCGCGAGCCAGAGAUUAUCACCGAUCCAUCGUUUCUUUUCCUCUAGCGCCAGGAGAGCUCUAUCUUCUUCUUUUUUUGCGGAGAUUGGUGCUGCUGCUUGGAGUAGACGCCAGCUUUGUGGCAGAUUUAUAGGAUAACUUUAGCUGGAUUAUCUUAGCACAAGGUAUCUCUGUAAAACACUCCAGUUUCAGUAACCAAACUGAUAAACAGAAGCAGCCGAUUCAUUGGUAGCCCAAACCAAUCUAUAGUAUCUUGCUGCUGCUGAGCUGAACCGAUCAAUGGGUAGAGGAAGAGGCAGAGGCAGAGGAAGGACGGCAGCCAUUGCCAGGAGCCAUGAAGACAAAGGAAGCAGCGGCGAAGAGGUGGUGCCAGCGAGAAAGAGGAGAGGGAGGCCGCAGAAGCACUUCGCCGAUAAAAUCGAACAGGUUGAUGUUGAGAAUUUCGUAGAAGACGUCGAUGGCGGCGAUGAAGAUGGCAAAGAUGUUAAACUGAAUGCAAGUGCUGGUGUGAAGAGAGGCAGGCCACUGAAGGAGAGCCCCAACAUCGUCCUGGAAGAGAACAGCAAUUCCAGCGUUCGAUCAAGCAGCGAUGAAUCGGCCAGGACCAAUGGAUUCAGGCAGAUUGGGAACCGGAGGAAGAGCACGCCACGGCGAGCAGCGGAAGCGGGCCUAGAAUGCAAGUGAUCGCUGAGCAAUGCCAUGCCAAUCCAUACAAUUUUCGGCACCAGGUAGCCUUCAUAAUUUGUUUCAAAUGUAAACAUGACAUGCACUGAGUGCUGAAAUUCGUGUGUUUAUGUGGACGCAAAAUGUAUGAACUGGUGAUAGAACACCUACGGAAUCUUGGUCAGCUGUUGUAGGCUGAUUGCUACUAGUAUUUUGGUCUGCUUGUUUGUAGCAGAGCUUUUCUUGAGGACGACUAGGGAUGAUAGUAUUGCAAUUUUGAUCAUGUUGUUGGUGCUACUCAGGAUAAGAGUUAUCUAUCCAAGCUGUUUUAUGUA